AUGAACGUGGCGGGGAAGCAGCCGCCUCCAGCACCGCUUGAGCGCCCGGCCAGUCUCCUCGUCCCCACCUGGACUAAAACAGGUAUUGCAUUGUUAUAUGAUGAAGGGUCUGAAAAUGCAUAUGAUAUCCAAUUGAAGCUUACAAAAGAGGUACUAACAAUUCAAAAGCAAGAUGUCAUCUGCAUUAGUGGAAGUGAUCACAGCACAAAUCACAGAACUGUUACACUUCGUAGAAAACCAGUUGGUGGCUUGGGCUUAAGUAUAAAGGGUGGUGCUGAGCACAAAGUCCCUGUCGUCAUAUCAAAAAUAUUUAAAGACCAAGCAGCUGACCAAACAGGAAUGUUAUUUAUAGGAGAUGCACUAAUACAGGUUAAUGGCAUAAAUGUAGAAAGUGCUUCCCAUGAAGAAGUGGUACACCUACUGCGAAAUGCUGGCGAUGAAGUUACCAUCACUGUACAGUACCUCAGGGAAGCUCCAUCAUUUCUAAAGCUCCCAUUAGGUUCCCCUGGACCAUCCAGUGAUCAUAGCAGUGGAGCUUCCUCACCUCUCUUUGACAGUGGUUUACAUUUGAAUGGAAACUCAACUAACACAGCUCCAUCAUCGCCCUCCUCACCCAUAGCUAAUGAACCAAAAUAUGAGAAGCGCUGGCUAGACACCCUAUCAGUUCCUCUAUCGAUGGCUCGAAUCUCAAGAUACAAAGCCGGAACAGAUAAAUUAAGAUCUAAUGCAUUUGAAGUGCUUGCACUCGAUGGAGUUAGUACUGGGAUACUUCAGUUUUAUACAGCGCAGGAGUGUGCUGACUGGCUGAGAGCAUUAUCAACUAACAUCUCUGAUUUGACACUUCAAAAUAUGAAAAUGGCAAAUAAAUGCUGCUCUCUAUCAGACCAGAUUAUUCAUAUGGGCUGGGUGAAUGAAAGAUUCGAGGGAACUGAUUCAUCUCAACUCUACAAAUACAAGUUCCUGGCACUAAAGGGUUCAUCCUUCUACAUUUUCAGCACUCCACCGGUAAGCACACUAGACUGGGUACGAGCUGAAAAAAUCUAUCACCUCUGUGAGGUUCUAUUUAAAGUUCACAAGCUCUGGCUUGCUGAUGAUUGCUGGCUACAAGCAAACUUGUAUUUAGGUAUUCAUCAGGACUAUGAGCUUGAAGACCAGAGGCCAUAUUGUUUCAGUGUCAUGGUUGGACAUGGCAAGACUCAUUAUUUUAACGUAGAGCUUGGCAGUGAGUUGGCGGCAUGGGAAAAAUCAUUUCAAAGAGCAAUUUUCUUGGAAGUUCAAAGAACAGGGUCUAAAACAUAUAUGUGCAGCUGGCAAGGAGUAACCCUGUGUUUCACAGUUGACUUUGCCUUGGGAUUCACCUGUUUUGACAGUAAAACAAAGAAUGUGCUCUGGAGGUUUAAAUUCUCUCAGCUCAAGGGGUCUUCAGACGAUGGAAAAACAAGAGUAAAGCUUCUUUUUCAGAAUCUAGACACCAAACAAAUUGAGAUGAAGAAAGCUCUACUUGGCAAUCUUGGGCCUGAUCCUGCAGCCCUUACUCAUGAACUUGAAUUUCAGGAUCUGACAGCGGUUUUACACUGUAUUCACUCCUUUAUAGCAGCAAAGGUGGCAUCACUUGAUCCAGUAUUUAUAGACAGCCAGUGCAUGGCAAGAAAAUACAUGUACAGUAACUGA